UUAGUGGUUGAUUAAUAAAUUCAAUUAAUUGUAGAAAAUUUUUCUUAUGAAAAUCUGCUACACCUACAUGAGAUAAAACAGUUUUUCCGGCUAUAUAAAUACAUCAUUUUGUUUGUAUCAUAUCAUAUGUCAGUCACGCUAUGUAAUAUAACCCCUAAGAGUUGAAUUUAUUGUCUUUAAUAACUUUCACAUUCUCCAACAUAAUAAAAUUGUGCUUGCUUCAAUCAAAAUUAAAUUCUACAUGAUGGAAAAUAACGAAGAAAAUUGGAGAGUUGAAUGUUCAGAUGAUGAAAAAUAUGAAUUUAAUAAAAAGAAUGAAUGGAUUCCCAAACCAGACGAUUUACUUGCUCUUAUAGAUGAAAUGGAAAAUAACAAUCGAGUUCUUAAACUUGAGUGGAAAUGUCCAGGUAAACGAGCACCAUCACCUGUCACAACAAUAAAUAAUCACCAAGAGAAUCCAACGACGGAGUUCAAACCACCGAAAGAAAAUUCAGAUUUUGAUUUUAUGGAUGAAAUGUCAUCACCAAGACAGCCAGUUCGAAGAAUAGGUGAAAGUACUCCAAAAGGGAGUGCAAAAAAGAAAACUGCCACAUUCAAUGGUGUUUUGACAACUAUGUUACGUCAUAGAAGGUUAGAACAAGAAAUAGGAUCUAGUCCUAAAAAAUCUGAGCCAGGAUCACCUAGUAUGAAGUCAUAAAUGAAGUCAUAAAGUCUUAACUUUGAGCAUUGUAAAUAUUGAUAUAAUUUAUAGGGUGAAUAAUUAACCAUAUUUCAAAUCGA